UUUAACAUAUAAGAAAACAAAAAGUCUAUGCAACGAUGUCUCUGGUCUAUGUGUCUAACCUAACAUUUUUCAGUAACCUCAAAAUCUUGUUCUGUUUCAAAAAGAUUCAAACACUGUUCAAAAUUCACUUCAUAAGACUAAAUAUAUCAUGUGGAUUCUUACUGAAUUUCCUAAGGAAGACAUUUUUCAUUGAAUUCUCCGAAUUUAUCAGCAACAUGAAAAUGGUGAUGGAGUGAUAAACCCAUAUUGAUUAUAGAAAUGAGUAAACUCUAUAGGAAGAGUAUUAUAAAAACUGCCUUAUUUUCAAGGCUCCUAGUGAUAUUUUUGCAAUAUAUUUUCAAUCACCUGAUUACUGAUCAUGAUGCUGGAGUUUUCCUCUAUCCAAGGGAUAAUGUUACAGAGUCCUUUAUGGAUAAGGCUGUUAGCCAUUUUUUUGGGGGUUUCUUGAGAUGGGAUGCACAGUAUUUCAUGCAUAUUGCAAAAUAUGGCUACACAUACGAAAAUACUGUUGCCUUUUUCCCACUCUUUCCUCUACUGGGAAAUUCGCUUGCCAAAUGUUUGAGUUUCAUCCACUUCCUUAGCGAGGAUUCACUAAUAUUACUGGUUUUUAUGAUUGUGAAUUUAUUAGUUUUUGUACAAACAGCACUGAUUUUAUUCGAUCUCAGCAGGAAAUUCCAUUCGGAGAAAUUUUCAUAUUACUCAGCCAUACUUUUUUGUUGGAAUCCUGCUUCUGUUUUUUUUUCAUCUCCUUAUACGGAGUGUAUUUUUAGUUGUUUAACAUUCUGGUCAAUGCUGAAUUGUAUAGUACUAUAUGAGAAGUAUGCCUACUUCAGGAGAAGAAUUGAACCACAAGAUUUGUUAUAUUUACUUCCUAUAGCUUUAGGUACAAUAACAAGAUCAAAUGGUGUACUCAAUCUGGGAUUCUAUCUAUAUAUUUUAGCUUGUAUGUUCUUGAGAAUUUUCAUUCAAAUAAAAGGUGCUUUUUUAUUUUCAAUAAUCAAAAAGUUUUUCCUUUUUCUGUCAUUCUUGAUGUUGAUAUUUUUGGGGAUGAUAUUAUGUUUGUCUCCAUUCCAUGCUUUCCAAUUGUUCAGUUACAAUUUGUUUUGUAAGGAUUUCACUGUCAAUCUACCAAUACAGGUUGAAACAUAUGCAAAAGAAAAUAACUUUGUACUGCUAGGCACCUACAGUAAACACAAUCAGUCCUGGUGCAACAGUCGAUUGCCAAUGGCUUAUUCAUAUGUUCAAAAACAUUAUUGGAAUGUGGGACUUUUCAGUUAUUACGAAUUCAAACAAAUCCCGAAUUUUCUUCUAGCAGCACCAAUAUUGAUCAUUUUCAUCGUUAAUUGUAGAAAAUACAUCAAGGUCAACUUUCCUAAAAAUGUUAUCGAUAUAUUCAACUUGGAUAUUUCUCCUCCAAGAACACAUUUGAUUUUUGAAAAUCCUCAUAUUUAUGUAUUUAUAAUUCAUGGAUUAAUUCUAUCCAUAUUUUGUAUAUUGUUUGUACAUAUUCAAGUGAGUACACGAUUUUUGUGCUCAUCCAGCCCCCUUCUAUAUUGGUUUUCUGCUUAUUAUAUGAUGGAUGAUGACAAAUUUUGUGAUAUGACUGAUUUCAAAAUGUUUUCAACAAAGAAAAAGUACAUACUUUCAUAUUACUUGACUUAUUUUCUUGUGGGCAUAGCAUUGUUUUGUAAUUUUUUGCCAUGGACUUAAAUAUAAAUUAUACCCAAAUGUUGUCAAAUAUAUCUUUUUAUUUUAUCA